AUGGGAAAAGUUAGGGAACUAGGUUUCGACGAAUCCGGCGAAUCAUUCGACAUGGUAAUCCAUUCGCCGAUCGUCCUCGAAGACUUCAACCUCGGCGACGACAACAUAGCGGUAAAUGACACUUGUUUAACAGUCACAGAAUUCAACUCCGAGCGAUUGGAAUUCAAAGUCGGGUUGGCUCCUGAAACAUUCGGGCAUGUGGAUGGAACAAGGGAGAUUGUUUCAAUGGAGGUGGAAGGGGAUUCGUUGUGGAUUAAGGUGAAGACGUCGCCGGAGAUUUUAAAUUUUAUAGUGGCGAAGGGGUUCAUUGCGGUGGAUGGAACUAGUUUGACGGUGGUGGAUGUGUUUGAUGAAGAGGAGUGUUUUAAUUUCCUGUUGGUGGAGUAUACACAGCAGAAAGUUGUGAUUCCACUGAAGAAAAUUGGGCAGAAGGUGAAUCUUGAAGUGGAUAUAUUGGGGAAAUAUGUAGAGAGGCUUCUUAGCAGUGGAUUUGUAGAGAGUAUAGAAUCAAGAUGA